UCUAGGAGGAGGGUAUGAGCGAGCUCAGCCACCUCUGCUUCCGUGACGAGGCAUGGCUUCCUCUGCAUGUCGACCGUGUACUGGACUACUUUUCCAUCUCCCCCUUCUACGACCAGCAGUCCAACAACGCGGUGGCUGCCCGGGCUGGCAAGCACUUGGACGAGAUGAGUAACGUUGUGGGGAAAGAGUACCGCCUCGACACCAACAGCUCGCGCCCGCCGGCCUUGUACAUCAUCUGGGGGCUCAAUCGCACAUCGCCGACGGACCUAAAGCCGGCAGACGUGUUCUUUGUCCUCGAGGGCACCAUCUACAUGGCUCCGCUCCUUGCAUCGCUCCUCGCCUCGCGGGUAGCCAAGAUCGCCCACUACGUCAACCAGGCCGUCGACGUCCUGCACUCGCAAGCGUCGUUCGACCUCGCCCAAGGCUAUACCUGGGACUUUGACGCUCCUACCGACGCAGUCGAAGCUGCCGACGCUGAUGUCGCCGCCUCGCCUGCUGCUGUCUCUGCCGUCGCCAGCCCUGCCGGCGAGGCCACCCCAAACCCUCCUGCCGAGACGGCCGUCCUUCCGGUCGUCACCGCCUAUCUCCCACCGUCCUUCCUCGACAGUCUCGCUCCGCCGGCGUCGACCAAGCGCGAGCUUCCGCCAGAUGCUGCGGUGGCGUCCGGCGCGCCGCCGGCCAAGCGGGCCAAGACAACAGGGAGCACCUGAAACAAUAGAUGCACACGCACCUC